AUGAAUUAUACUCUGGGAAUUGUUCAAUACUCUAAUUUGGAUAAUAUUAGUUCUCUUUUCGCCAUACCCAGGGUCCAAAGCAAUGGGCAAUGGUCCUUGUUUUGUCCAAAUGAGACUCCAGGUUUGGCUGAUUGUUGGGGUGAAGAAUUUGGAAAAUUGUACACUCAAUAUGAAAGACAGGGCAAGGCAAAGAAAGUUGUCCAGGCACAGAAUCUCUGGUUUGAAAUUUUGAAGUCCCAGAUAGAAACUGGGACCCCAUACAUGCUAUUUAAGGACACUUGCAAUAGAAAGAGCAAUCAGCAGAAUCUGGGAACCAUCAAGUGGUCAAAUUUGUGUACUGAGAUCAUUGAGUAUACAAGUCCAACAGAAACUGCUGUAUGUAAUCUGGCAUCAAUUGCUCUACCCCGAUAUGUUAGAGAAAAGGGGGUUCCAAUGGAAGCACAACCUUCCAAGCUUGUUGGCAGCAGAGGUUCUAAGAAUAGAUAUUUUGAUUUUGACAAACUAGCAGAGGUUACUGCCGUAGUUACUACAAAUCUUAACAAAAUAAUUGAUGUUAAUUAUUACCCGGUUGAAACUGCACAAAGGUCAAAUUUACGACACAGACCUAUUGGUAUUGGGGUCCAAGGUCUUGCAGAUACUUUUAUAUUGCUUGGCAUGCCAUUUGAUUCACCAGAGGCUCAGAAGCUGAACAAAGACAUAUUUGAGACCGUAUACUACCAUGCUCUAAAGGCUUCAUCUGAGUUGGCUGCCAAAGAAGGCCCCUAUGACACUUAUAUUGGAAGUCCUGUGAGCAAGGGGAUUACUCAACCAGAUAUGUGGGGAGUAACACCUUCAAAUCGGUGGGACUGGGAUGCUGUUCGAGGAAUGAUAGCUAAGAAUGGAGUAAGAAAUUCACUUCUUGUGAAAGUUCUUGAUGAGCAGAAAUUCUUGAUGAGCAGAAAGUUAUUUACAAGACUGUUUGGGAGAUCAAGCAAAGGAUGCUGGUUGAUAUGGCUGUUGAUCGUGGAUGCUACAUAG